AUGAAGAACUUGUAUCUGAUUUUCGUCGUUUUGUCUUCGUUCUUAGUUUGGGGAGGUGAGUUGUAAUCUUUGGUUCAUGUGUUUAAAAAUUGAUUAACCUUAGAAUCUAAAUACAAUGGUAACAGAUUACUUCUUAACACUUAAAGAACAAAGGAUAUUCAUCGAGUUUAAAGUGCAGUUAAACUGAGAAAAUAAUUAGUAACAAAAGCCCUACUGUGUAUUCGUUAUUUUAAUAUCGCUUACAGUGAUUAUUUACAAAUGCAUAAGUUAGCGUUCAUUACGUUGAUUAAUGGUGUGGGUGAAUAGAUUUGGAAAUAGAUGUAAUGAAGACUUCAUUCUGUUAAUUGUCGAGUACAUGGAGCUAUCAAGUUCUAAAGAUAACAAAAUCGCGGAGAUCAAAAUGAUCUCUAUGCUCUCUACUAAAUGUGGUAGUGAAAAUUUCGAAUUCAGUCAGAUUUAUGGUGUGGUUUGGUACUGCAAGUUCCGCUCUGAGGUAGUCGCUGAGUGACAUGGUUUUGUUUUAAAUUGGUUGUAGAGAUUAAUAAAAUAGCUUGUUCCACAGAGCUGCGUGCAAUUCAGAUCAACCAAACUAUUGCUUAGAGAAUGGUUUGAACAUAGUUGUCUUGUCACAGGCGGGUAAGGCGGAAUAUGGUCGCCGGGGAGAGUGUAGUCCUGGAUCUGACAGUUGUUAAUACAGCCUUUGUAUCCGGUGGUAUCGUUCGAGGGACUGGGAAAGUUCUGCAAAGAGCUGCGAAGCCGUGAUGAAAAUGAGGAGGAGAUGCUUCAAAUUUUCUGGCCCUUUCACCGCCAGAAAUGCGCUCUCACACGCGCAAAAAAAACCGCCAGCAAUACAGGCUAUUGUUACAACUGUAACAGUGACUGAUGUAAGGCAACCGCUGUGGAUGCCUUAAUUGCAGAAGUAUCAUGUUAUAGCUUCUAGAUUUUAAUUAAGGCAAAGUGUAAUUUAAUAACUGAAAGUUUAUAGCGACUUUCCGUGGUGAUGUUAUUUUAAAAUUGAGUAAAAUUAACUAAAUGACAUAUUUACCCGCAAGAAGCGCAUGCGUACAUUUAAAUUUUGUAUUUUCAAUUCAUUGAGAAUUUUUUUGGUUAUUUUUCCUUUGCUUUUAGAAUGCCGAGCAGUGUCAAGAGGUAAUAACAGUCACGCUAAUGAGUUAUUUCUAAGUGAUUUAAUAGAAUUAAAGUAAUAGUUAAAACAAAACUUGUCAAGAACAUAAGAGGUUAGCAUGAAAAUGCUGGGAAAAAAAGUGAUUCAACUGUGUCUGCAUUCCAUAUUGAUCUUACAAAGGAACUCAUUGAUUACAAGUAAAAGUAAAAAGCGAGACUUUGAAAUUAGUUUUUUUUUAAGGGGGGAAUGUCUCUUAAGUUUGAAUAUUUACCUCGUCUUUAUGAACAAAGUCAUUGGAAAAAGGAUACCACAGCUGUAUUAUUUAAAGAUGAAAAUUUUUUGUGAGCCAUGUUUUAUUGACAUCAAAGUGGCCAUGGCAACGUUAUAACGCCCAUUACGUUUUUAAUGAAAAUUGCUCUUCUAUUAGGUUAUGAUAAGCUUAGCUGGCAAAGCGCCCACUUGCCCAAGACACAGAAAGCCAAUACUGCCUCUAAUAACCGGUCUUGGCCAACUUGUCUUAUCCCCAGUGCCCUCUCCACACCUCGCUAUUUUCUUGGCCUCCAAAGACAUGCGGGACAUAAGUAUUCUCUCUUCUUAAAGCCGAUCUCUUUAAUAGGGGUUAAGAAUAUAACUGGGCUGAAUUUCAAAAACCUUCGUUACUUAUUACAGGGAAAACAAAUCGUUGUCGUAAUUUCUAUUUGUAUUGCUUUUGCGCUCUUUUCUGUCGGUGUGAGCGUUUCAACCCAUCUUUGUAUCCUUUGUCGCCAUGGAUUAUCUGUCUAAGUCGAGUUUGGUUUUGUCUGUUUUUUCUUUGGUUGUUUGUUUGUUGGUUUUUGUUGGUUUUUUUUUCUCCACCCUUCACUUCACUUUUUCAACAAAAUGAAAAACUGUUCUACCUGCAUGUCUACAUAGAAUGUCGUGACAAUUUUCACAACUGUGAGACAUGGAGGAGGUCUGGGCUUUGUCAUGGCACUGCGCAUGCGUUUUACCUCCGGAAUGGCUGCGCAAAAACCUGUGGGUUUUGCAAAAGUAAGUAAUAUUAACGCAUAUUAGGGUAAUAAUGUAUGUGUCUUAGGUCAUAGAUAACAGUAAUAACACAGUCACGUGAAGUCUAGUGAUCAUUUAGGAGUAGAUCUCAGAGUAUUGUGCCCUUAGUGUUCUUGCCCAGACGCCAGGCCGCAUCAUUCCGCACGACCUAUUAAUUUUGGGUCACGUGACCGUUCGUCUCGGAUCAGGAACUAGCUGUAAAUGACUUAUUAUUAAACUGAGGUCAUAAGUCCAUGAAACUAAAAAGAAACAAGAGCCAUAAUAGGACCUCUUGAAAGAAAUGGUCUCUUAAAGGAGCUAUGUCACCUAUAACUUAGCGAAACUGGCCACCAAAUUGAAUGAAAUAUAAAAAUAACUGCUUAUUAAACUUUGAAAGGAGGGUAGAGCUCGCAUGGACAAAAUUGAAGACGAUUAAAUGGGAUUUCCAAUUGCUUUUUUUUUAAAAUUUUUUAGCUACGUAGCUUUUCAAAGUUGAUCUCUGAUUAUAAAUGAUGUUUUGGGCGCUAAGAAAACACACUCAACUCUUGUGCUAUGAAGCUGUUAUUGUGUUGAAUAGAACUAAUUUUCCCGCCAGCACUUAGCGAGUAAUUUGGAAAACUUACAGAAUGCACUUAAAAAAUUGCUCAGUGACAUAUUCCCUUAAAAAAAACUGUUUUAUUCUCGCAGGUGACACUCCAUUACAGACCAAUCAACAUUCAAUUCAAGAUACUCCCAGGAAAGCAAACAAACAAAGUAAUAAAGGGAUCGGUCAGGGUCAGCAGAAACUUCAUUCUCCUGGUCAGGUACCAUUGCCUUCAGAUCUUUCAUUGAAGUCAGGAAAAAAAAUGCCUGGUAAGCUAUUCACUGUGAUCAAGGUUUUUUCGGAAAGUCAUUUCUCAGUUUUAACCAUGGCACUUAUAUUUCAGUUGAACUUAAAUGUAACGAAUUCCGAAUAAAUACCAGAUAUAAAGAGCCAUGUUCGUCCGUCGAUACCACUUUUAACGGGCGAUGCCCCCACCUAUAACAAAGCUUUUAGUGAUAAUAGAUGUAAUAUAUUCUCUAGACUAAGUUUCCAUGAGAUAGCAUAGCCUUAACGAGAACAAACUUUUAUCCCUAGUUGAAUUUAGUACGUUUAAAGUUCGGAAAGGUCUAGGAUUAUCUCUUAAGGUGGUAUCAGUUAGAAAAGACGGUUGGUUAAAAUACAUACUUCAAUUUUUUGGAAUUAAGCCGGAUAGUCUCUUCAGUUAUAGAAACAUAAUGGAUAUAGGAGACGACCCGAUACAAUAUACCUCCAUUACAAUGAACACUAUUUUCCCAAUAACUUAGCUCUUCGUUAUAUCAAUUUUCCCCCGAAAUUAAAAGCAUCUUAAAAUAAAUUGAAAGGAUUUGACCCGGAAAGUAACGAAUUGAAACGAAAUAGUUCGACUGCGCUCAGCCUUUCAUGAACCUGGUCCAGUUUAAGGACACGGACCCGUUAUGUCCGCGAGCAUAAUCGACCACUUAGCGGUUUUUUGCACCUUAUACGUACUAUCAACUUGCUUUUAAGGAGGAAAAAGGCUUUCCAAAGUCUUUCAACCUUUCAGGAUAACUUCUUCAAGUUAACUAAAUGAAGGGCGUUAUUUUAACCAAAAAUAUUGGUCAUUCUUACUUAAAAGAAACUUGUUAACACUUCCAUUUACUAAUAGACAACCAAACAAAAAGGUCAAAAUAACCCUGUUGAUAGUUAUUUUAACUGCUUUUAAAUUAGUUAUUUCAAAUCAAUAGAAUCCAGUUAUUUCAAACCAAUCUAAAUUGGUCAAUCUGACUAAAACAAAAGGAUUCUCUCAGACGCAUUUUGCAACAAUUUUCAUUGGUUAUUUUAAGUCAAAUUUUACAAUGUAAGUUAAUUUAAAAUCGUACCUUCCAUGCCAAGUCUCUGUUGGACGUGUUCCCAGGCCUUUGCGGUCGGGCCAUAGACAUGUUCAUGACGAACGGGAAUCGGUCUUACAAGCAUUGACCACGUGAUACUAUAGGCGGGAAAAAGAUAAUGCGGAAUAACGAUGUUUGUUUGAGUACUUGACAAAAUUCAGUACCUUAUUCAUAGCUGCUUCCAUAAUUUUGCCGUUUUUUAACGACUUUUCCUUCUACCCUCCCUCAGAAGAGUGCACAGAUAGGUUUGUGUCACAGACGUGUAAGCAAUGGAAGGAUGGACAGAUGUGUAUGGACGACCGUUACAGAAAUUAUCUGACUUAUGGCUGUGCUUCCACAUGUCGGUUUUGUAGUAAGUACAGAUCUUCAGUUUUAUAACAUUGACGAAAGAAAUAUACAUUACGUACUGUUUAAAAACAAGCAGGAGUGUAUUAUCAGGCUUAAAACUCGAGGCAAAGCCGAUAGCUUUUAAACCUGAUAAUACACGAAUGCGAGUUUUUUGAACGGCUUCAAAAUCUGUAAUAUAAAUCAACUCAUUCUUGCACUAAUGUUUAGAUUUGGGGUUAUUUUGCUCUAAAAAAAUUGAACGAAAAGUUUACCCGUGUCUUUAUCAGAUAUAAAGACAAUGAUUAAACAUUUAUUGAUCUUUAUUUCUUUUGUUCUUUGUUUAUGAAUUAUUAAUCAGUUUUUGAAUUGCUCUUUAGCUAUAUCUAUGAAAAAGUAAUCAUAUGCUGUAAGAUUUAAGUGACCUAUCUUUGGUACACGACUUUCACUUUGAAAGUGUAUCUUUCUCAGUUUCUAUGUUCCUAUGAUUCAACAUAGUCUAAGAUGUCUGCCGAGGCACGGCGAAGAAGAGAGAGAUAGUGUCUCUCCGCACUGUAUCUACUCCCCCCCAUCCCCCCCCCCCUACGGCCUACCCCUACGCGACGGCUUAAGGGGUAGACACGGCACGGAAAAAGCACAAUCGUCAAUAAAGGUACCCUUCAAAUCAUCAUAUUCUCUAACUUUCUGUACAGUUCACUGUAAACUUCCUUUUAGACAUGAACAUCCUUUAAAGACAUCAAGGGCACCCAACGACCGAGACAUUGCCUUUAUGAAAGGCACUACAGAGUCUUUCUGCGGCCAUACAGUAUUUAUUUUUCUUAAAAUGUCAUUUAAUCUCCUCCUGGUCAGAUUGCCGUGAUACAUAUAGAGAAAGCCCAUAUUGUGACGCGUGGAAAUCAAAAGGAUUUUGUAAACAAUAUAAAGAUCAGCUGGAUACUUAUUGCCCAAAAACAUGUGGAUUCUGUAUCAGUAAGUAUAACUGAUAUUUUUCCCCUGAAAAACUCACACUCACACACAAGCAACAUUUUAUGUCCCACACGCGACCUAGAUGCAACAGAAAAUCAGAAUGACUAACGGUAGAGCUUAUUUUACUUCUCUUUUAUUUCCUCUUCUCUCAAUCAAGAUGCAAAGUACGAAGAAACCACAGUACCGCCUCAGAACACAACAGCUCCUACACCGUCCCAGAGCGCUACACCUCCAAGUUCCGAUCAAGAGAAGGCAAGACCAGUUAUUACGGUAGUUAAGAACGUUAUUCAACGUCACCCAGUGAGCGCGAGGUUUGCGAAUACUGGGAACACCAAUUCCAAAAGAGGUUUGCCGUUAUUCAACAGGGAAGGAAAUUCAGCGCUGUGGUCUGUCAACGCUGAUACGAGGAUUACGCUACCUCAACCACAGCAAUAUGACGACAUGGGAGGUAAGGAAAACGCCUGGGGGGGAGGGUACUUUCUAUGAUGGCCUAUACGGAGAGGCUCAGUCCUGCCGGAAAGCUUCAGGUAUAUGAAAGGGUGGAAGUUUCACUAGUUGAAGUAUAAGAAAGGGUAGGAAAAUCUGUCAUUUCGGUCUCUAAAAGGUCCUAAGACGGCUAACAAAAUAUGCAUCUUAUGCUUGUGAAAAAGACAAAAACCGGAUCAUUUUAGUUUUCUGGGAAACUGCCCACCUACCCCUUCCCUAAACCAACAUUAACAAUUAGUUCUUACUUAGGGCAAAAUGUUGGCGUGAGGGAGGGGUAGGUGGGCAGUUUCACAGUAAUUUAUUCAUAUUAAAAAGACAGUGCAUUUACAGCAAUUACAAUAGCCUACGAGCAGGCUCACCCGUUACAAAUUAUUACAAAUUGCGACAGCUUAGUUUAUUACAAAUUGCGAUGGACAGCUAUUACAAAUUGCAACAGCUUUUUAUUGCAAAGUGCGACACGGGUUUAUGACAAAUUGCGGCAGAUAUUAAAAAGUGCGAUGGUUUGUUUACAAAUUGCGACAGUACAUAGUUCCUUGAGAACGUAACGUAACUUUUUUAAAAACUGUCCAAAAUUCUUCCUAUACCACGUGAACGUAGCCUGUCUAUCUUUCUUCUCGUACUCUUAAAUUAACUUGUUUUCUUUCAUGUAAGGUGCCGUGAGGCAUCCCCUUGAAGAUGGAACUUACUUCACUCCGGCCAAAACAAACGAGAAGUUUGAGUACUACACAGAGCACUACUCCCCAGAUCCCUACGUAGCGGCAGCACAGAGGGAAGAAUGGAUGACAGCAAACACUGGUGAUGGUGUCGCCCCAAAUCCUUCACUCAGCCGGAAGUCAAAAGACCCGGAAGUGAAAGAAGAAAAACCAAAUAUUAUAGUAGUGAAGAAAUCUAAAGUCAAACGUAAUAGACAUAAGCAUUCAAAAAAGCAUUGA